AUGGCGGGAAACGACUGGGUGAACAGUUACUUGGAGGCGAUCCUUGACGUCGGUCCGGGCCUUGACGACGCCAAAUCGUCGCUUCUCCUCCGUGAACGCGGCCGUUUCAGUCCGACUCGUUACUUCGUCGAAGAGGUGAUCACUCGCUACGAUGAGACCGAUCUCCACCGCUCCUGGGUUCGGGCUGCGGCGACGGCGAGGAGUCCGGAGGAGAGGAAUACCAGGUUGGAGAAUAUGUGCUGGCGGAUUUGGAAUUUGGCUCGCAAAAAGAAGCAGAUUGAGGGAGAAGAAGCUCAGCGUAUGGCCAGACAUCGUCUUGAAAGGGAACGAGGCAGGAGAGAAGCGACUGAGGAUAUGUCAGAAGACUUGUCUGAGGGAGAGAAAGGAGACACGGUCGGUGACAUUUCAGCUCAUGGUGGUGAUAGCACUAGAGGAGGAAGAAUGAAAAGAAUCAAUUCUACUGAUGCAGUGGAGAACUGGACUAGUCAACAAAAAGAACAGAAAUUCUACAUGGUGUUAAUAAGCCUUCAUGGCCUGAUCCGUGGCGAGAACAUGGAGCUUGGUCGUGAUUCUGAUACUGGUGGCCAGGUCAAGUAUGUAGUAGAACUUGCCAGGGCCUUAGGUUCAAUGCCUGGAGUUUAUCGGGUUGAUUUGCUAACAAGACAAGUGGCAGCUCCAGAUGUGGAUUGGAGUUAUGGGGAACCAACUGAAAUGCUGAAUCCAUUAAACACUGAGAAUUCAAAGGAGGAGCUUGGGGAGAGUAGUGGAGCUUAUAUAGUCCGGAUACCAUUUGGCCCAAGGGAUAAAUAUGUUCCAAAAGAACUCCUUUGGCCUCACAUACCUGAGUUUGUUGAUGGUGCACUUACCCACAUUCUACAGAUGUCUAAAGCUCUGGGAGAGCAAAUUGGAGGUGGGCAACCAGUUUGGCCCGUUGCAAUUCAUGGACAUUAUGCAGAUGCAGGUGAUUCUGCUGCUCUUUUAUCUGGUGCCUUGAAUGUCCCAAUGGUAUUUACUGGUCACUCACUUGGACGAGAUAAGCUUGAACAACUUUUGAAACAAGGACGUCAAUCAAGAGAAGAAAUAAAUACAACGUACAAAAUAAUGAGACGGAUAGAAGCAGAGGAGUUAACCCUAGAUGCCUCUGAGAUUGUUAUCACAAGCACUAGACAGGAGAUAGAAUCACAAUGGCGCUUGUAUGAUGGCUUUGAUCCAAUACUAGAACGCAAACUAAGAGCAAGAAUCAAAAGGGGUGUAAGCUGUUACGGCAGGUUUAUGCCUCGCAUGGUUGUAAUACCUCCAGGAAUGGAGUUUCAUCAUAUCAUUCCACAUGAUGGCGACGGGGAUGGUGAAGGGGAAAGACAUGAUGAUAGUUCUACUUCUCCUGACCCUCCAAUUUGGUCGGAGAUCAUGCGUUUCUUUACCAAUCCGCGGAAGCCUAUGAUACUUGCCCUUGCCAGGGCAGACCCUAAAAAGAAUAUUACGACCUUAGUCAAAGCAUUUGGAGAGUGUCGCCCACUGAGGGAACUUGCUAACCUUACAUUGAUAAUGGGAAACCGUGAUGACAUUGAUGAAAUGUCCAGCACAAAUGCAUCUGUGCUUCUUUCCAUUCUUAAGCUGAUUGACAGAUACGAUCUUUACGGUCAUGUGGCAUAUCCGAAACACCACAAGCAGUCUGAUGUUCCUGACAUUUACCGUCUGGCAGCAAAGACAAAGGGUGUUUUCAUCAAUCCAGCUUUCAUCGAGCCAUUUGGACUUACUUUAAUUGAGGCAGCAGCUCAUGGCUUACCUAUUGUUGCCACACAAAAUGGGGGUCCUGUUGAUAUUCAUCGGGUUCUUGACAAUGGUCUACUAGUUGACCCCCAUGAUCAGCAGUCAAUAGCGGAUGCCCUUCUGAAGCUUGUUUCGGACAAGCAACUUUGGGCAAGAUGCAGGCAGAAUGGACUGAAAAACAUUCACCUUUUCUCAUGGCCAGAGCAUUGUAAGACAUACUUAACUCGCAUAACCAGUUGCAAACCAAGGCAGCCACAGUGGCAAAGAAAUGAAGCUGACUUUGACAAUUCACAACCCGAUUCACCUAGUGAUUCUUUGAGGGAUAUACAAGAUAUAUCUUUGAACUUGAAACUCUCACUGGAUGGCGACAAAACUGAAGGGAGUGCUGCUCUUGAUAAUGCUUUAGAGACUGAAGACCAUGCUGCUGGAGGGAAGAUUAAGGAGCAAAAUGCGGUUUUGACAUUGUCAAAAGGUGUUUGUGAAAAGGCUGGUUCCACAGAGAAAGCAGACAACAGUUCUGGGGCUGGUAAAUUUCCAGCAUUCAGGAAAAGGAAGUAUGUUUAUGUAAUUGCUGUGGAUUGUGAUACAACCUCAGAGUUUACUGAAAUCAUUGAGAAGGUUACUGAGGCAACAGAGAAGGACAAAGAUGCAGGACCUAUCGGAUUUAUACUAUCAACAGCAUUGGGCAUAUCUGAGAUACAUACUCUUUUGGUCUCAGGAGGUUUGAGUCCUUCACAGUUUGAUGCUUUUAUCUGUAACAGCGGUGGUGAGCUCUACUAUCCAUCUUCAAGUUCUGAGGAUAGUCCUUCUGGGCUUCCCUUUGUUGUGGACUUAGAUUACCGUUCACACAUUGAAUACCGCUGGGGAGCAGAAGGUUUGAGAAAGACGUUGGUUCGUUGGGUCGCUAAUUUCAACGAAAAGAAAGGAAGCGAAACUGUUACAGAAGAUGUAUCAGCGUCAACUAACCAUUGCUAUGCGUAUAAAGUGAAAGAUCCAGCACUGAUUCCCCCUGUUAAGGAACUCCGGAGACUCAUGAGAAUUCAGGCUCUCCGUUGCCACGUUAUAUAUUCCCAAAAUGGCACCAGGCUAAAUGUUAUCCCUGUGUUGGCUUCUAGAUCACAAGCUCUCAGGUACCUGUAUGUCCGUUGGGGCUUGAACUUGUCAACUGCUGUUGUCUUCGUGGGAGAAAGUGGUGACACGGAUUAUGAAGGCUUGCUUGGUGGGCUACACAAAACUGUGAUACUGAAGGGAGUUAGCAGUGGCGCUCGUAAGCUUCAUGCCAACAGAAACUAUCCUUUAGAACAUAUCUUUCCAGACGACAGUCCCAAUAUGGCUCAAAGUGAAGGAUGCUCCCAAAAUGACAUAAGAGCAUCAUUGGUGAAACUAGGGAUUCUUAAGCGGUAG